UUGAGAUAUACAUUUAAGUAGAAACUCAAUUGGCUAUGAAAGAGUUUACGAUUUAAUUUUGAAGUAUGUGAAUAUGACUUGAAUAUGCGCCUAUAAUUUUAAUUCCAGGUAGAGCGUUGUGAUAUGGCGUAUAUACUGGAUAAAGCGAAAUUUCAGAUUCAGUUAAAAUGCCAACACGAAACAACGAAGAAUACUUUUAUAUCAGUAGAUGACGAAGAGAAUGUAACUGCAGAAAUGACACCCGAUAGUACAUGUAACACGAUAUUCACGGAAAUAUCAAAUAACUUUAAUCCUGCAGAAGAAGAGAUCACUUUAGAAGCCGAAGAUAAAAAAAUCAGUAUCAAAAAUUAUGUUGAGGGUUCAAGAGUUAAUGAGAAAUUUAUGCGAUCACAAUUGCAAUUAAAUGCGGAUGAGUUCGAGAAUUACAUGAUAGAUAAAGAAACGUCAAUUACAUUUUGCUUAAAGGAAUUCAGAGCGUUACUGAUGUUUGCCGAGGCAUUAAACGAAAAUGUAUGCCUUCAAUUCGACGAGGCCGGUAGGUUAGUAUAUACAUAUGUAUAUAUCGUUACUAUAGUAUGGAAUGGUCGUAUCUCACAUCGUCGCUGAAAUGCAAAAAGCUAAAACUAACUAAAAUUUUUAUUGCAUAAAACGAUGUGGUGACUUAUAAUUCGAUCAAGUGCAUCAUAAUCGAUCAAAGAGUGAAUUUUAUUUUUUAUUAGUUAUGACUAGGGCUCGGAAUCUCAUGCACUAAAAAAUCUAAAAU